AUGCCUUUCUACCAGCUCGUAUGCAUCGCUGCGCACUACCCUGAAUAUAAACACAUCAAGGAUCUCGUUACCCGCGUUGCGUCGCAUGUCUUGAAGGAGGGUGGUGUCGUGCGCAAACUUGACUCAUGGGGCACAUGCACUCUUCCCCAACGCAUGCGGAGAAAUAAGCAGUAUCACACUAUUGGCGACUACUGGACCAUGCAGUUCGAUGCCUCGCCAACGACAUUGCGUGGCUUGAACACCAUCAUGCGACACGACCCUCGAGUCAUCCGUUGGACUAACCUCAAAAUCGGCGAGAAGGUGACCGAUGUCAGACAGUUCGUGGAGAAGACUGUGGACAGAAUUUGA